AUGGAAAACAUGAAAACAACACUCCGCACCCUCCCCGUCCUAACCGGGCCCUUCCCACCCCUCGACGCCAACCCCUCCACCUUCCCCGAAACCCCCCAGGAAACCUUCCAAACAUGGCUUCUCCACGUCAUAACAGCCCAAAUCCCCGAACCCCACGCCAUGACUGUCUCCACAAUCGACGAGCACGGUUGCCCAGACGCCCGGGUUCUCAUCCUCAAGAACCUCGAUGACCGCGGGUGGCAUUUUGCCGCGAAGGGCGGGAGUCCGAAGGCCAGCCAGAUUGAAGGGAAUCGGAAUGUGGCGCUGACGUUUUAUUGGCCGGGCGUGGGGAGGCAGGUUCGUGUGAAGGGGAGAGCGGUGGUGUUGGUGGAAGAGGAGUGUGUGGAGGAUUUUAGGGAGAGGUCGUUGGGGUCGAGGGUUAGUGCGAUGGCGUCGGUGCAGAGUCGGGUGCUUGAGGAUCGGGAGAUGCUUGUGAGGCGUGUUGCGGAGGUAGAGGCUCCUAUGGUGAGUGGGAAGGAGCAGGAGAUGCCGGAGUGGAAGGUGUAUGCUGUUAAUCCUGUGACGGUUGAGUUCUGGCAGGGGUCUUCUGAUCGUCUUCAUCAGCGGUUGCAGUUUGUUCGGAAGGCAGAUGGUGCUGGCUGGACAAAGGAACUGUUGUGGCCAUAG